CUUCCUUCUUGGAUCCAGCUCAGCUUUUCUCACCAACUUCAGGAUCCAGUCUGCCACGCUCCAGGUCCUCCCCCCAAUCUCCCAACAAAACAAAACCACCCAACUUUAGGAAUUUGUCAGUCUCUCUGGUCCUACAAAGUGAAAGCUCCGACUAGAGAUUUCGCUACUCCGACGUCAGUGAAGGCCAGACGGAACUUGGGCAACUAACUAUCUCAUCCUCUCCCCACUUUCCCAGACUCCGGACUUUGACCUUGGGACGCGGGGCAGGGAUGAAGCCCUCUUGGCUGCAGUGUCGAAAGGUCACGGGCGCUGGGGGUCUCGGGGCCCCCCUGCAGGGCUCGGCUGCGGCUCGGGGAGCAGCCCCCCCGCGCCGCGCUUACCUGGCCCCCGCGCCACCGGGCAGUCGCGGCGUAGGUGCCGGCCGCCGCUCCCUGUCGUCCGGCAGCGGCACCAGCGGCGGUGUCAGUGAGUAUAAGACGCACUUUGCGGCCUCGGUGUCUGACCCCGAGAGGUUCUGGGGGAAAGCCGCGGAGCAGAUCAGCUGGUACAAGCCCUGGACCAAAACGCUGGAGAACAGCCACCCACCAGCCACAAGUUGGUUUGUGGAAGGAAUGCUUAAUAUUUGUUACAAUGCUAUAGACCGCCAUAUUGAAAAUGGACAAGGAGACAAGAUUGCUAUCAUCUAUGAUAGCCCUGUAACAAACACAAAAGCCACUAUUACCUAUAAAGAAGUUUUGGAACAGGUCUCCAAGCUGGCUGGUGUCUUAGUGAAGCAUGGUGUGCAAAAGGGGGAUACUGUGGUGAUCUAUAUGCCCAUGAUACCCCAGGCAAUGUACACCAUGCUGGCUUGUGCCAGGAUAGGAGCUGUUCAUAGUCUCAUCUUUGGAGGCUUUGCCUCUAAGGAGCUCAGCACCCGUAUUGAUCAUGCAAAGCCCAAAGUGGUUGUAACAGCAUCCUUUGGAAUAGAGCCUGGGAGGAGAGUAGAAUAUAUACCACUUUUAGAAGAAGCCCUGAGGAUAGGAGAACACAAGCCGGGCAGAGUUCUCAUUUAUAAUCGACCUAAUAUGGAAACUGUUCCUCUGGAUCCAGAUCGUGAUCUCGAUUGGGAUGAAGAGAUGGCAAAAGCCCAAUCCCAUGAUUGUGUCCCUGUUCUCUCAGAACAUCCACUUUAUAUUCUCUACACAUCAGGAACAACUGGGUUACCUAAGGGUGUGGUCAGACCUACUGGAGGAUAUGCAGUAAUGCUGAACUGGACCAUGUCUUCUAUAUAUGGACUAAAACCAGGAGAGGUUUGGUGGGCAGCUUCUGACCUAGGAUGGGUCGUUGGGCAUUCCUAUAUUUGUUAUGGACCUCUUUUACAUGGGAACACAACUGUUUUGUAUGAGGGAAAGCCUGUGGGAACACCAGAUGCUGGGGCUUACUUCCGUGUGCUCUCUGAGCAUGGAGUGGCAGCCUUGUUUACAGCACCGACUGCAAUUAGAGCCAUCCGUCAACAGGACCCUGGGGCAGCCCUAGGGAAGCAGUACUCUUUGACAAGGUUCAAAACUCUAUUUGUGGCUGGUGAACACUGUGAUGUGGAGACACUGGAGUGGUCUAAAAAUGUUUUCAGAGUACCUGUCUUGGAUCACUGGUGGCAAACAGAGACUGGAUCCCCAAUUACAGCUUCAUGUAUUGGUUUAGGAAAUUCAAAAACACCUCCUCCAGGACAAGCAGGAAAAUCUGUGCCAGGAUACAAUGUAAUGAUUUUGGAUGACAACAUGCAAAAACUGAAGGCCCGUACCUUGGGAAAUAUUGUGGUAAAGUUGCCUUUGCCCCCUGGAUCAUUUUCGGGACUCUGGAAAAACCAGGAAGCCUUCAAGCAUUUGUAUUUUGAAAAGUUUCCUGGUUAUUAUGACACCAUGGAUGCUGGUUACAUGGAUGAAGAUGGCUAUUUGUAUGUUAUGUCUAGAGUUGAUGAUGUAAUCAAUGUAGCAGGUCACAGGAUUUCAGCGGGUGCCAUUGAAGAGUCGGUGCUUUCCCACGGUACCGUAGCAGACUGUGCUGUCGUUGGCAAAGAGGAUCCUUUAAAAGGUCACGUUCCGUUAGCACUUUGUGUACUGAGGAAAGACAUAAAUGCGACAGAGGAGAAAGUUUUGGAAGAAAUCGUGAGACAUGUGAGACACAGCAUUGGUCCGGUGGCAGCUUUCCGGCACGCUGUGUUUGUUAAGCAGUUACCCAAGACUCGUUCGGGCAAGAUACCCCGGUCAACUCUGUCUGCUCUUGUCAAUGGAAAGCCUUACAAGAUAACUCCCACAAUUGAGGAUCCUGGUGUCUUUAACCAUAUAGAAGAAGUACUGAAACGGACAUCAUGACCUUUUUUUCCUUUUGUAAAAACUUGCAUAACAGUGGAGAAGAAAUGUUAUGUUGUUCUUCAGAUAUAGCUGGAUAAUUGGCAGGUCUCAGUAGUUAUUAAGAAAUAGAAGUUAAUUGUGUAGUACAAUGGAAGGUCCUUAAUUGAUUGUGUUUAUGAUUACUGUUAUUUGUUACAAGUGUUAGAUUUUUAUCCAUCAUUUAGUUUUUUUUUAAUGUUUUGUUUCACAUAAUUAUGCUAAAUUCUAGGAUGGGCCUAAGGAAACCAUAGUUGUCAGAGCUACAAGGGAUGUUGAAGAUUAUUUUACCUUACUUUUACUUCUCAUCCUCUAAUUCUACAGAUGAAAAAAACUGAAGCCAAAUGAAGCUUUGGCCCUUCUUCCUGCCUUAUGUUCAAAUUUAAUGGCCACUGCUCCUAAGAAAUUAGAUUUGUUAGGAGUUUGGCAUAGGAAUAGAAGUAGAGGAGUUAUUUUAUGUGACAAAUUAACCUUAGAAAGAGUAGGACAAUCUAGAUGGCAUGGGAAGGGAAAAAAUGAUUAGGUUAGAACUUAAAGGAUAUUGUAAUAAUAUUAUCCUAGAUUUAAUGCAUUUACUCAUUUUAUUGAUGAGGAAAACUGAGGCCACAAAAGAUAGGUGACCUUUCCAAUGUCCUACUGGUAGGAGUGUCAGAUGUGGGACUUGUAAAUUAAUAUUUGGGCUGAAGAACCAGUGUUCUUUCCACUGUACCAUGGUGCUUCCAAUUAUGCUAAAAAUAAAAUGGACCAAAUGAGAUUUUAUUAAUAAUUCCAUUCACACCAAAUGGGUACCCAUGGAAAAUUCUGAUGAACCUAAUUAUCUGAUAAACCCAAUUUUCAACAAAUUUGAAUGCAAUGAGAUAUACUUGCUCCCUGUAAGGCAUGUGUAGUAGAAAUUAUUGGAUAUAAUUUCAUCUUAGAUGAUUCACAAGGUAUUGCAGGACCUUUUAGUCCUCUGGGUAAAAAAGAAAAUAAAUGAUCAUCACUGUAUAGGGCUGUAGUUUUACUAAAAAACAAAAAAAACAAAACAAAACAAAAAAGCAAUAGGAUUCAGACUCCUAAUGCUUUGGAAUUUACUAUUUGAAUAAACAUGUCAACUUAUUUACUUGUCUUUUAUUUCUUUUAAAACCAGUAUGUACUGUGCAAAGGGAAAAAUCUAGGAUUUUUGUUUUUGAGAGUCUAGAGAAAAUGCAUAGUUUCUAUGCAAGAAACAGUUUAAAUUUUCUCCAUAAAUGAUGCAAAGAAAAAUAAUAUACUUUUUAAGUUUUUCAAUUAAUUCAAUAUAUAGAAAACGAUCUAGCUUACCUUGGAGUUUUAAAGAAAUAGAAUUUUUUUUUGCCAUUUCAUGCAAUUAUUAAAGAUGUAAGUCCUAACAGAUUUAAAAAUCAAUGUCUUUCUCUGACAAAGGUUACCUUGUUUCCUUUCUUUUUUAAAAAAAAUGUAGUUAUAUUGAUUAAAAUGGAGAAUUCUCUUGAAGAAACAAUUUCUCCAUAUAAGCACCCAACUCCCAUCUGUUGCAUAUAGUCACAGCAAGACAAGAGACAAUGAGCAGGCCAAUAAUAAUUCAAAAAGGUAUAUUGGCAAUGUUUCAUUUAGUACUUAAAGAUAGAGGGACCCUUUGGUUGCAGAUUCUAAUGAUGACCCAGAUGGGAGAGACUGGAAAAUGUUGUAUUGUAUUUGGGGAAGGGAGAAGAGCUUUUUUCUCAGCACAAGAUUGAGCAGCUUUGUAUUUUCAUUGCUAUUGAAGGAAGUCUUCACCUCAGUCAGAUCCUAGGAACAUUAAAGUGUAGGCAGUUAUUCCCUUUUAUACUGAGCAGGUGAGGGGAAGGGGUAUUAGGAUGUAGUACUCUGUGAUCUGGAAAAUUUGUAUAAAAAUUUUUGAUCUUCCCAUCAUAACAGAGAAGUCUGAACUUUAUGGUGUAUUUACAGUAUUAAAUGAUAAAAUAUCUGAUAUUAUAUAAUAUUAUACACAUAUUUUAUGCAUUUCUGAGUUUCUAAACUUUUUCUGUGUCAUCUGUUAGCCUUUGCUUCUCAUCUGUGGUUUCUAAAAAAACUCCCGCACAAUUCUUAUUUAAUUUCUUAUGCCAACUUGGAAUAUAUAGCAAACAUGAUGGGGAAAGUCCCAGAGUAGAGGGGGUAACUGUACCUUCAGGGAAAUUUUAGUCUAUGAAAAGCAGCAGUGGCCAUUUAGAAACUUCUUCAUUCAUAUUUAUUACCCUUUCCUCCUGCAUUUUAAUCAUGGGGAUAAUUUUUAAAAAUAUUUUGAAAAGGUAAUCCCAGAGCUUGUUAUUAUUUUAGGUAGCAUAGUGGAUAAAAGAGUUGUCUUCAAAACCAAGAAAACUUGAUUUCUAUAGAUUCAGGACCUCUCAGUACUGUUACAGAAUAUUUUCAGGGAGGGAGUCUCUUCACUUGGCGGUUCCUUAAAUGAGUGGUGUCGAGUUCAAAUAAAAAACAGGAGAACAUGAACCCAUGCACAGGACUCCCUGCAAGCCACAUAUUGACUUAGCCACAAAUUAUCGUAAUGUUUUGUAUUAUUUUGUUAAUUCCCAAGUACAUUUUAAUCUAGUUGGGUGGGCACUUGGGAAUGUUGUGGGCUGAAUGUACUUUUUGUUUGACACCUCUGCCCUAGACAACAAAAGCACAGAUCCAGUGUUUAUUUCCCCUUGUGUGAUAUGACUAAUGACUUUGCAUCUGCUUAUUUAAGGGAAAUACCCCCAAAUGUUUUUAAAAUGUCUAGUUUCCUUCCUACUUAAGAAAAAUUGUAAUCAAUUUACUAGAUAAUUUUCUUAUGAAAACAUUUUUUAUCUGUUCACUCCUUUUACUUAAGAAAAUUAAAUGUAAAAAAAAAUUAAAUGUAUCUCUUGCCUAGUUGGAAAUUUAGACCAAAACUAUCAUAUUUUACAUGUGAGAGACACUGAUAUAUAACCAAUACUAGAAGUGAGUUGGCAGCCAUGUUUGAAAAUUAUAAAACUAAUUAUAAGAAAGCACACAAAAGUGACAGCCCAAAUUAUGUAAAAUCCUUUUUAAAAUAUACUCUUAAUAAUAUCCAAUGGGAGGACUUGCUAGAGAUGAUUCCAGGGUGAAUGAAGAUACCUGAGAGGUCAUGUAGUUAUUACCAUUAUGCCAGUAAUAAAAGAGAGUUUAGAAGUUUGGAAUCUGGUGAAAGCUAUCUUGUCUUUUAAAAGGUCUUGUUAACUCUCUGAAAGUAUGUUUAAUAUUUUUUCUGAAUACCCCUCCUUGCUUAGCCUAGCUAUCUGUAACGAAUAAAAUUGCUUGUUUAUCCAUCUUCUUAUGGAUAGGAACUAUCUUAGCUUAAAUGCUUGAUUCCAUCUGCAAACCAAGGGUGCAUUCUGCAGAUUUAUAAUCACACAUCUGCAAAUGCUUCUAACUUCUCAACCCACUGAUAUGCAAGUUUAGUCUUCCCCCUUGUGGUACAAUCAGGUAAGAACCAUCACGCUGGGAUUUUAUCUUCACUGAGCUAUCAACAUUGUGGGAUGGUUUUAUUUGCACUUUCCAACUAUAUGCUUUGUAAAGUGACUAGCUACAAAACAAAGAUUAAACACAGCAGUGGAAGAAUUUUUUUUAUUGACAAUUUGGGGAAAAUUCUCUCACCGUUACCUUUCUACUGAAAUCUGUCAAACAGAAGACAACAAAUGUUAUGUACGUGCAAACAUUGCAAAUUAAACUGCGGAAAGAAAUAACUAAAAGACAGGUCUUGAGCUUAAUAAAGUCAAGCAGCAGAAAAUUAGCAUUUAGAUAAAUGGUAUUACUAAAUAGGUUGUACUUGGAAAUUUCCCAUGUAAACAAAGAAUAAACAACAGUCACACCACCAAAUAAAGUCACAGGGAAGAGUUGCUCUUCUAUAUUUUUUAUACACUAUAUAUGUUAUUUAUUCUGUCUUUCAGUUAUUUCCUCUGAUAAAAAUGGACUUCAGGGAAGUCUCAAGGCCAUCUUGGCUAAAAGCUUAUAACAUUAAUCAUGGGUCUGGCUAAUGCCCUAUG